GGCUGAAUUCCGAGUCCUGACCAACGUGCGAGAAACGAGACCAAGACCUCGGGGCCGGCUCUGCCUGUCAAGGAAUAAUUUGAGGAGGGGAGGGGGCCUAGGUAUUUGUAGAAAUAUCUCACUAGCCCAGCAACUCGGACUUUAAGGAUGCAUAGUUCUCCGAGUCGGGAAGAUAACACACUGGAAUCGCUGCACUCCCGUCCUCAAACCCGCGAUUUCACCACAACAGAUAACGCAGAUCAAAAACUCGAAUCAUGGGAUCGAAUUCGUCGAGAGUCCAAGUGCCGGCGACGGCGUCAAACGUCCCCAAGCCGGGUGAAGAUGGACGAUAUACCAUUUCGGCCAAAGGCAUUAGGGCUCAGUUCAUCCCUUACGGGGCUACCCUGACGAACCUCUUCGUCAAGGACAAGCACGGCAACGAAGUCGAUGUCGUGCUUGGCUACGACGACGCAUCCUUCUACCCUGUUGACCCCGGUCACCCCGUAUACAACGCCAUCCCGGGCCGCUACGUCAACCGGAUCGGCGGCGCCGAAUACACCAUCGACGGCAAGACCUAUCGAACCGAGAAAAAUGACGGCCCUGGGAACACCCUCCACAGCGGAGGGAACAACUGGUCCUGGCGCUUCUGGGACGUCCUCGACGUCAGUGCCUCUGCCAUCACUUUCUUCAUCUCCGAUCCGGAGGGCGCCUCGCAGGGAUUCCCGGGCAGAGUAGACUGCAAGGUCACUUAUAGCGUUAGUGAUGGUGGACGUUGGGAUAUCAAGAUGGAAGCUGUUUCGCCCGAGGCCAAAACCCCCCUCAUGCUUACCCAACACACCUACUUCAACCUCGAAGCCUACCGCAACCCAGACACCGACACCGUGUUGGAGCACACCCUUCACAUGCCCCAUGCCAAGCGCUACCUCCCUCUCGACCCCCACGGCCUACCCACCGGCGAGAUUUCCCCCGUCGCAGGCCCCGCCGGCGGCUCGACGGCCGUCAUGGACUUCACGUCCCCGCGUCGCCUAAGCCACGCGCGCGACUCGCCCGACUUUGCCACCAACGCCGGCGGAACAGAGGGCUACAACCACUUCUGGCUCUUCGAGGACGUCGCGACCCACGGCUCUGCGUCUGAGUCGCCGGUGCUGACGCUCGCGAGCCCCUGGAACGGUAUCAAGGCCGAACUUCGGACGGACCAGCCCGGCGUCCAGAUCUAUACCAUGGGCUGGAGCGACGGGACUACGCCGUUGAAAUCGACCCAGGGCCGGGAGGGGGUGAGCAGUGUCGGGAGGAGUUCGGGUGUUGCUAUUGAGCCGCAGGAUUUCACGAAUGGUAUCAACAACCCGCAGUGGGGAAGACGGGAUGCCCAGAUUACUGGGCCUGGUGAGACUUAUACGUGGGAAGCUUCGUGGACUUUUGGUUUAACAGAGUAAAGGAUAGAUCUUCCAGGAGUAUGAUACCGAAUGAUAUGCAAGAAUAGUCGAGACCAAGCCCAGAGCAGCGUAUAAUCUGCCAGCAGAGAGACUGAUGGCCUUUAUAUUAUGCGAAGUUCAAGUGUCGAUCAUGUCGAUCAUGUCGAUCAAACCACUUCACUGGGAUAGGUGUGAGGUCUCAAGAUGAUAGUAAACAUACCAGCAGUGUACUGGGCUGCUACUGCACACGGGUACUCCUCACAUCAACUGGUACAGUUUACCACCGAGGCACGAGAAGACGAGCCCAGACAGGAUUCUUCCAGAAUGCAGAG